UAAAUGCUUUUGCACACGAGUUAAUUGCGAGUGUUUGUAUGCAUGCGUGUGUUCACACUUGCUUGGGAAUCUAAUUCACUUAGGACUGUGCUGAGCUGAGCUGGUCUUGCAAUGCCUUGAGCGAUUGAUCAUUAACUUCAAACGCUGCAUUCAGAGUUUAAAUCUGAAGUCGAGGGAGCAGGCAGCGUGAAAGCGUGUCUGCUUGCCUAGCUGCGAGGGCAUGCCGGCCGCCUGUCGUAUGAACGUCUUACUGGCUGUCAGUGUCACCGCUCCAACUGAGACAAACCCGAAAACCACCCGGAGUCCGCAGUGCCCUUGGAAACAGAUUCAACACGUGGGUUAUCAGUCGCCAACGAGACCGGCAAGGUCAUUGUUUACCUCCACACGAGUGGGCUGCCACGCAGAUAGAGGACGCUGUGCUUCUCUACUUAUUUAGAUUCACAGUAAUAUCCUCAGCGUGCGAGGUGCAGGGGUGGCCCCCUGAUCAGUCUGUAACAGGAGAUAAAGACGUCGCGGUUGUGGUUUCAUUAAAGCGUGUUUCCUAAUAAGCGACAAUAGGAAGGUGUGGAAGUCAUGGCAGGACUGAUCGAUUUCCAAAACGAGGAAGAGGUGAAGCAAUACUUGGAUAAUCUCGGGAUCGAGUACAGCUUCCAGUGCCACAAGGAGAAGGAUCCGGAAGGUUGCCAGCGGCUGGCCGACUACCUGGAGGGUGUGAAGAAGAACUACGAGGCGACGAUGCAGGUGCUGAAGAUGAAUUGUGAGCAGAAUGAGCACCCGGAGAGCUGCUACAAACUGGGAGCCUAUUAUACCACGGGCAAGGGAGGGCUGCCUCAGUGCCUGAAGACUGCAUACUCCUGCUUCCUCAAGUCCUGCGAGAAGGGCGGGAAGAAGUCUGUGGACGCAUGCCACAACGUGGGGCUGCUGGCACAUGACGGGCGGGCGCUGGAGGGAAAGGCGGAUCCCGUGGUGGCGCGGGAUUACUACACGCGGGCGUGCGAGGGUGGCUUCGCGGCCAGCUGCUUCAACCUGAGCGCUCUGUUUAUCCAGGGAGCACCGGGGCUGGCCAGGGACAUGGGGCUGGCGCUGCAGUACGCUCUGCGGGCCUGUGACUUGGGCCACGUGUGGGGCUGUGCCAACGCCAGCCGCAUGUUCAAGCUGGGCGAUGGGGCGCCGCAAGAUGACGCCAAGGCUGAGGCGCUCAAGAACCGCGCCAGGGAGCUCCACGGACAGCAGCAGGAAGCGCAGCUGGCUUUUGGGGUGUAGAGGGGGGGUCACACACCCUGAUCUCACCCCAGGGGAGCCACCACACAGUCCGCUCCAGCACAUUCACCCCUCAAACUGCCAGGGGACCCAGCUGCUCUGGCCUGCAUGAGAGAGGGGCUUUCCAACAGCAGACCGUCGAGCCCAGAGUUGUCUGUGUGCUGAAAUGAAGAUUGAUUAAAAACAGCUGGCUCCAGUUAACCAGAUUCCAGGCUGUGUCCUGUAUCCUCCACUCUUCUGUACUCCUCUACAUGCUUGAAGUCAUUGGCAGAGUUUAGGAAGUACUGCACCAUUUUUGUGAAAGUGAAAUAAAGCAGUUAAACGCA